CCUUCCCCUCCGAAGGAAAAGCAUCUCUCGCGCAUAGGCCAUCAUAUUCCUAGCCUUCGACUUGAACUAAAAGGCAGUGGCGCCUUUUCUUGGCUCCGUCGCCAUGGCUUCCCCAAGACUUCCUCUUCUUCUCCGCCUCAUCCCCCUCGUUCUGCUCUGCCUCUCACCGGCAUGCGCCGCCGGGAGAGUCCCGGUGUCGGUCUACUACGAGACGCUGUGCCCGUUCUGCUCCGCGUUCGUCGUGAACGACCUCUCCAGGAUCUUCCACGACGGGGUCUCCUCCAUCGCUGACCUCAGGCUAGUUCCAUUCGGCAAUGGGCGCGUCUCCGCCGACGGAUCCAUUUCCUGCCAGCAUGGAGAGGGCGAGUGCCAACUUAACGCUAUAGAAGCUUGUGUGAUCAGGCUAUGGCCAAAUGCGGAGCAGCAUUUCCCUUUCGUUCAAUGCGUUGAGCAUUUAGCACUGACACGGAAAUGGGACGCCUGGCAGUCUUGCUUUCAGGAAACUGGCCUGGCCUCUCAGCCUGUUAUUGACUGCUACAACUCAGGAUAUGGCAGGCAGCUAGAGCUGCAGAAUGCUGCCGAGACAAAUUCUCUUCAGCCUCCUCAUCAGUUUGUGCCAUGGGUGGUCGUUAAUGGGAAACCGCUUGGUGAGGAUUACAUGAACUUUGAGGCCUACAUCUGCAGCGUUUACGAUGGCAAACUUCCAGAGGCGUGCAAGGGGAAGCACCUAGCAAUCGCUCAACACACGGAAGCGAGCGGAGGAGAGAAGAGGAAUCCGCCGCGUGAGGUGGGCAUCGCGCUUGCCAUUGGUAUCGCCCUAUGGUUCGGAUUAUGAAGCGCCGCCCCCUCAAGAUCAAGUAGUCAAAAUUUUCAGAAGUAGACAGAUCACGGAGCCAGUCCACAAUAGACUAACAGAUAGCAGCAUUCUAGAA